AUGGAGCCCCGCCGCAAUCCGCCAGAGUACUUUCUUGAGAUCUUUGCCGAUUCAAAUUCUGUCAAAGACGUGCUGAAAGGCGUCUUGAACCUCAUCUUCUUCCACCGAUACUUCCCGUCCAUCCGCCCCGGCUCCGUCGAAAUCCUCGACCUCACCCUCCCAACUGUAAACGAUGUCGAACUCGAAACCCUGAUCGACUCGCGCGUCAACGCCCUCGUGCGCCAACACCUCUCGACAUCCUCCAACUCCUACAGUGCCGGAAACGGAGUCCGAGGGCGUAUGGCCGUCGAAUUUUUUGAAAAGAAGAUCAGAAAAUCGGGCAUGUGGUUUGGCAGUCUGGCGGGAAAGGGGGAGGAGGAGGUAUGUUGGGAGAUUUGGACUUUGGAUGUGACGAUUGCGACGCCGAGGACGGAGUCGGGKAUGCCCUCUUACGUGCUUAUUCAAGGCAUCAUAUUGACUACUUAUAGAACGCGCAAAAGUCCGAAAAGCCAUGGAGAACAUGCUGCAAAAGGCAGCAUUGAAGAUCCUUGCAAACGUGAACCGGGAUAA